AUGAAACCUAAUUUUAGGAAAUCUGGUAUUCUACAUCUUGGUAAGCUCAGAGAUGGGUCAAAAGUCGGUAAUUGGGAAAUUUGGUAUAAGAAUAAUUAAUAGAUUGGUGGGGGAUUAUAUGAUUAAAGUGGCAAUGAAUUAAAAUAUGGGAAAUGGACUGAUAUUGAUGAUAAUUUUGAAAGAAAUUAAAUCAAUUACACUGGGGAAUAUGAAAAAGGGAAAAAAGUUGGAUUAUGGAAAUCAUUUAUUAAAGAAAAUAAUUUUAUUUAAUUGCUUGCCUUUGUCACUUAUAAUAGUGAUGGUUAAGAAAUAUUUAGAAGUGAAGGCAACUCUGGUAUUCUACAUCUUGGUAAGUUAAAAGACGGAAACAAAAUUGGUAAAUGGGAAAUAUGGUAUAAGAAUAAUUAAUAGAUAGGUGGUGGCCUAUAUGAUGAAAGCGGUAAAGAAUUUAAAGUUGGAUACUGGGUAGAAAUAAUUGAUUGCUAUGAUUUCAUUAAAUAAAUAAUUUUCAAAGGCGAAUAUCUAUAUGGACAAAAAUAUGGAAAAUGGAGUACUUGGUAUAAAAAAUAUGAAGAGACGGAAUUCAAAUAGAUUGGUGGGGGAUUUUAUGACGAUGGGAUAAAGAUAGGGAAAUGGAUUGAAUUGCAUGAUAAUUAUGGAAAUUUUUUCGGAUAAUCUUAGAUCUAGCAUUAUGGUGAAUAUAAAUGUGGCAAUAAGAUAGGACUUUGGUAAACAUCAUUUAUGGACGAAUUGAUUGCAGGUGGAUUUUAUGAUGAAAAUGGUAACGGAGAAAAGAAUGGAAAGUGGAUUGAGUUGAGCGAUCAUUAUGGGUAAUCUUAAAUAAAAUAUGUUGGUGAAUAUGCAAAUGGAAACAAAAUUGGUUUUUGGAAUACUUACUAUAAAGAAUUUAAUACAACCUAAUUUCAAAUAAUUGGUGUUGGAGAAUAUCAUUAAGGUAUCAGAAUUGGAAAAUGGAUUGAAUUAAUCGAUAAUUAAGGAUAAUCAUUGAUCACUUGGUAAGGAGAAUAUUUAAAUGGCAAAAAAAUAGGGUAAUGGGAGAUCAAGUAUAAAGAAAAUUAUGAUAAUUAAUUUUUCUAUGGCGGUGGAUCAUAUGAUUAAUUAGGUAAUGAAAGUAAAAUUGGGUAAUGGAUUGAAUUGAGUGAUGGAUUUUUUGAGUACUCACAAAUAACUUUUAAUGGACAAUAUAAAAAUGGUAAAAAAUACAAUAAUUGGGAAAUUCAUGAGAGACCAAAGAACUAUUAAAAUUUUUCAUUGAUGUAAAAAUUAUUCUUGCUGUACUUCAGAGGCGGAGGAGUAUAUUGCGAGAAUGAAAUUAAAAUUGGAAGAUGGGUUGAAUAAAAUGCUAAUUUUAGAUAAUAAGAAAUCAUACACGUAGGUAAAUAUAAGAAUGGUUCUAAAAUUGGUCUGUGGCAUGUUUUUUAUAAGGGUAAAGAUAUGUAAAUCUUUAAAUAUUACUCAUAUAUAUAGUGGUGGUGGUUCUUAUGA